UCAGUAUUAGUUCCGGGUCCUGGAGGCACCGAGGAACCGCGGGAGCCUCUGGCCUUUCCCUUAGUUAAUAUGGCUGCGACUAGUUUCUCACUGGGACAACCGUGAGCAAAGGAAGGCAGGGCACUGCGGGGCUUUGCCUACGUCCCAUCAGCGAUGGCGCUUCAGCCACGGGUCUGGAAAUGUCUGUCUGUUUUCAGGAACCUGGAGUGUGGGUUCGCAGCCCUCUCAACCAGGUCCACGCCGGCGGUGCAGCCUGACGUGGAGACUAAGGAGAACGAAGCGGUGGCCCCAGAGUUCACCAACCGCAACCCUCGGAAUCUGGAGCUCUUAGGUGUAGCCAGGAAAGAACGGGGCUGGGCGACGGUAUGGCCCAACCGUGAGUUCUGGCACAGGUUGCGUGUUAUAAAGACUCAGCAUCACGUGGAAGCGCUGGUGGAGCACCUUGGCGGCCAGGUUGUGGUUUCGGCAUCCACUCGCGAAUGGGCUAUUAAGAAGCACCUUUAUAAUACCAGAAAUGUGGUGGCUUGUGAGACUAUAGGACGAGUGCUGGCACAGAGAUGCUUAGAAGCCGGAAUCAAUUUCAUGGUCUACCAACCAACCCCGUGGGAGGCAUCCUCUGACUCGAUGAAACAUCUACAAAAGGCCAUGACAGAAAGUGGCGUGAUGCUUCGGGAGCCCCGGAGAAUCUAUGAAUGAAAUAGAAGCAUUAACUGCGCCGAAAGUGGAAAUAUAAAAGUGUCAGCUGCUACAGCCAUCAAAAGAAAUCAUCUGCAUUAAAAGAAAGAAAAACGUUUGGAGG